GACUGGUCUAGAGAGGGAGGAGCUCGCGCCCUACCUUUGGUCCAUCAAGGGCUUCAUGUGGAGAUAAGCUGCCGGAAAACUUUUUCCUACUGGGAUAUCCAUGACAUUUACCAGGGGGAGAGUGAGAGGAUUCCAAGAAUCGGAUCAUGUUCAAGGCAGUGCUGAAGAAGAACAGAGACGGAGGGAAGGGGAGCAAGAAGGAGCCAGCGGGUGAUCUCCACAGUGCCCAGCGAAGGUGCCCGCCAGGCAGAGGUGCACACCAAAUCCAUGAGCCUGGCAGCCUCCACCAGCCCUAUGUCCCAGAGGAUGUGUUCAGACUGAGCCUGGCCAAGGGCGUGUCCAUGUCCCUGCCCUCAUCUCCCCUGCUGCCUCGUCAGUCCUACAUGAUGCCCUUGCGCUCCAGCAAGAGAUCCCCUGGUCCAAUCAGGAAGCCCAAGUAUGUGGAGAGCCCUCGCGUUCCCGGGGACUCCAUCAUCUCAGCGCUGAGGAAAGUGGCUGACAGCAAGACAGAGUCCUCCCACAAUGCAGAGCUGCAAGCUGAGAAAGAGACAAACUCCUCCUCCUCCCCUGCCACUCAGGAGCUGAUGACAAGGCUGGGCUUCUUACUGGGAGAAGGGAUCCCAGGCACGGCUCGCAUACCUAUGGAAGACAAGAAUGAAAAAAAGUGCACAGUGACUGGUCAGGGUAUCAGUCCCUGCUCCAGUCUGACCAGUAGCACGACGUCCCCCAGCACAGAGAGCCCGUGCUCCACCCUGAACAGCAACGCCAGCCACAGCCUCAGACACAGCAGCAGUGGUCACGGCAGACCUCCCCUGAGUCACUCCAGCCCCUGUGGGACCAUCACCAGCCCCAGCUCCACGCUCGAGAGCAAGGACAGCGGGAUCAUAGCCACCAUCACCAGCUCCUCAGAGAAUGAUGACCGCAGCGGCUCCAGCCUGGAAUGGAGUAAAGAUGGCAGCCUGAGGAGCAGCGCGCACCAUGGCCUGGCUCCCAGCGUGCGGGUCGAUACGUGCUCGCCCGUGGCCGAGGAAGACCCCAGCGGGCCCACAGAGACCCCCGCCCUGGCCAGGACAGAGUACCCAGCAGGGGCCGCAGGAGGAGCAGCAGCAGCAGGACCAAGCCACCCACCGGAGGGCCCCGAUCCAUUCCCCACAGCACACACCUCCUCGUCCCUCAUGAUGCCGCGGCCCAACUCUGUCGCAGCCACCAGUUCGACCAAGCUGGAAGACCUGAGCUAUCUUGAUGAACAACGUAAUACUCCUCUGCGGACGUCCAUUCGGCUGCCCUGGCAUAACACAGGUGGGAGGGCACCACAGGACUCUAAAGCCCGCUUUGCUCCCUACAAGCCGGUGGACAUCAUGCUCAAGCCGCUGCUGUUCGAGGUGCCCAGCAUCACCACAGACUCAGUGUUCGUGGGCCGCGAUUGGCUCUUCCAGCAGCUGGAGGACAUGCUGAAGGGCGGCGGCGAGGCCGGAGAGAGCCGCGGUGCCGUGGUCAUAGGCAAUGUGGGCUUCGGCAAGACGGCUGUCAUCUCCCGGCUGGUGGCGCUCAGCUGUCACGGCGGACGCAUGCGGCAGAUCGCCUCCAACAGCCCCAGCGCAUCGCCCAAAAGUGGUGGGGACACCCAGAGCACAGACCUCCCCCUCAGCCAGCCGCCCCAGCCCACCCCGCCACCCAGCGCCACCAACACCCUGAGGAACAACAGCUGUCCCGGCACCCCAGAGAUCCAGAGACGCAAGGAGGAGGCCGUCAAACGGCUGGCCACCAAGGUGGUUGCGUAUCACUACUGCCAGGCUGACAACACCUACACUUGCCUGGUGCCAGAGUUUGUGCACAGUAUCGCCGCCCUGCUGUGCAGAGCACCCCAGCUCACCGCCUACAGAGAACUGCUGCUAAAGGAACCCCAUCUACAGAGCAUGCUCAGUCUGCGCUCCUGUGUCCAGGACCCUAUGGCAGCCUUCCGCAGGGGCGUGCUGGAACCGCUGGCCAACCUCCGCAAGGAAAGGAAGAUUCCCGAGGAAGACCACAUCAUCCUGAUAGACGGGCUGAACGAGGCAGAGUUCCACAAGCCAGACUACGGAGACACCAUUUCCUCCUUCAUCACUAAGAUCAUCUCUAAAUUCCCCUCCUGGCUCAAACUGCUGGUCACUGUCCGAGUCAACCUACUGGAAAUCACCAGCCUCCUCCCCUUUUCCAAGAUCUCCCUGGAUGAAUUCCCUGAGAACAAAGAGAUCAACACGGACCUCAAUGCCUACAUCCAGUACCGCAUCAAUGGCAGCAAGGACAUCAUGAACAACAUCUCCCUCAAUGGCAAGGCUGACCCUAUCAUCGUGGGCAAGGUGAGCAGCCACCUGAUUGCCCGCAGCCAGGGUUCCUACCUGUACCUCAAACUGACCCUGGACCUGUUCGAGAGGGGCCACCUGGUCAUCAAGAGUGCCAGCUACAAGGUGGUGCCCGUGUCAUUGGCCGAGCUCUACUUACUCCAAUGCAAUAUGAAGUUCAUGACCCAGUCGGCUUUCGAGCGCUCGCUGCCCAUCCUAAACGUGGCGUUGGCAUCAUUACACCCCAUGACAGACGAGCAGCUGUUCCAUGCCAUCAACGCGGGUGCUGUGUGCGGCGAGCUGCCCUGGGGCGACUUCCAGCAGCGCAUGGAAACGCUGUCCUCUUUCCUCAUCAAGCGACGGGACAAGACACGCAUGUUUUGCCACCCAUCCUUCAGAGAGUGGCUGGUGUGGAGGGCAGACGGAGAGAGCACCGAUUUCUUCUGUGACCCCAGGAGUGGACACGCCCUCAUGGCCUUCAUGCUGUCACGACAAGAAGGGAAACUGAACCGGCAGCAGACCAUGGAGCUGGGCCACCAUAUCCUUAAAGCACACAUCUUCAAGGGUCUGAGUAAGAAGACGGGCGUGUCAUCCAGCGUGCUGCAGGCCCUGUGGAUCAGCUGCAGCGCUGACGGCCUCUCUGCAGCCCUGGCCUCUCUGAGGAACCUCUACACCCCCAACGUCAAGGUGAGCCGUCUACUGAUGCUGGGCGGGGCCAACGUGAACUACCGGACAGAGGUGCUGAACAACAGCCCGGUGCUGUGUGUCCAGUCCCACCUAGGCCACCAGGAGAUGGCUGGCCUGCUGCUGGAGUUCGGGGCCACCGUUGACGUUGUGUCCGAGAAUGGCAUGAGCCCUCUCUCCUUUGCCUCAGCCGCCGGACACCUGGGCCUGGUCAGUCUGCUCUGCAAGAGAGGAGCCAAGGUUGACCAUGUGGACAAGAGCGGUCAGUGUGCUCUGGUUCAUGCUGCUCUGAGGUGCCACCCUGACAUCAUCCACCACCUACUGGAGCUGGAGUGGACCCCCGAGGGCCAGCAGCAGAACUGCAGCCUGAAGAACAAGGCCCUCCAGCAGGCUCUCAUCGCUGCCUCCAGCAUGGGACACACGCAGGUUGUCAGAGGCUUGUUGGUGUUGAAUAACGAGCAUGGCGUGCAAAUUGAUGGCCAUGACACUCUAUGGGGAGAAACAGCUCUGACGGCGGCGGCGGGUCGGGGCAAGAUGGACGUGUGUGGCUUCCUGCUGGAGCACGGGGCCAUGGUGCAGCAGGUCAACCGCAGGGGGGUCUUCCCUCUCUUCUGUGCUGUCAGACAAGGACACUGGCAGAUUGCAGAGCUGCUGCUGCAGCAGCAUGGUGCUGACGUGAACAUCAGUGACAAACAGGGACGGACACUACUAAUGGUGGCGGCGUGCGAGGGCCACCUGAGCACUGCCGACUUUCUGCUGUCAAAGGGUGCGUCGUUGACGUCGAUGGACAAGGAAGGGUUAACGCCCAUGAGCUGGGCGUGUUUGAAAGGACAUAAGAACGUUGUGCAGUUUCUGGUGGAGAAGGGUGCGGUCAUAGACCACACAGACAAGAAUGGACGGACUCCGCUGGACCUGGCCGCCUUCUACGGCGACGCGGAGAUUGUCCAUUACCUGGUGGAGAAAGGAGCUGUGAUAGAGCAUGUAGACUACAGUGGUAUGAGGCCGUUGGACCGGGCGAUAGGGUGUCGGAACACAUCGGUAGUGGUGACCCUGCUGAAGAAGGGGGCUAAACUAGGGAAUGCAGCCUGGGCUAUGGCCACAUCCAAGCCUGACAUCCUCAUCAUUCUCCUGCAGAAGCUUAUGGAGGAGGGCAACGUGCUUUACAAGAAAGGGAAGAUGAAAGAGGCAGCCCAGAGGUACCAGUAUGCUCUGAGGAAGUUUCCCAGGGAAGGGUUCGGUGAUGACCUAAAGGCCUUCAAAGAGCUGAGAGUGUCUCUGUACCUCAACCUCUCCCGCUGUCGCAGGAAAACCAACGAUUUUGGCAUGGCUGAGGAGUUUGCUACAAAGGCCCUGGAGCUGAAACCCAAAUCGUACGAGGCCUAUUACGCCCGCGCCCGAGCUAAGAGGAGCAGCAGGCAGUUCACGGCAGCCAUGGCUGACCUGCACGAAGCUGGAAAGCUGUGCCCCAACAACCGGGAGAUCCGGCGGCUGCUGGCCCGUGUGGAGGAGGAGUGUAAGCAGAUGCAGCGCAGCACCACCCAGGGCAACCCGCAGGGGGUAACGUCCUCAUCCAACCAGACUCCGGCCAACCACGACUCUGAUCACGAACACGAGGAAGAGGAGGAGGAGGAGGAGGUGUCUGAGCAUAGAGUGGCUGUCAGUAGAGGUCUGGAUGGACAGAACACUCUGAGGUUGAACGAUGUGGAAGAGGAGGAGGGGACUUCUCAGCAGUCUCACCACUCAGAGAGAAGAGGAGAGAAGGGUGAGCCCUGGCCUCAGAAGAUCUACUCCCUCAAUAGAACUCUGCCUGACUCACUCAGUCUGGCCACUCAGCUGCCGCAGCAGCAGAACCCCAGGCCUGGCUCUCCCCCCUCCGGCCUCACAGGCCCUGGAAGGCUGAGUCACCACCGCUACCCCCCCAGGGAGCCCAGAGAGCCCAUGGCCCAGCAGGGCCUGGUCCUCCAACCCACCAAGCAGGCCCAGAUAGUGAAAACCAACCAGCACAUGAGCUCCCUGCAGGCAGGAGGCCGCUCCUCUGGGGCCAAGUCCCAGUACGCUCCCUCCAGCCCCCUGCCCAGCCGACACAUGUCCAGCAUGCUGAAGCCAGGUCCAGGGCUAGGGAUCGACAUCAGCCCUCUACCGCCCCCUCCUGACGAGCCCGUCUACGGGGAGCAACGCCUGUCCAUGGCUGCUGCUUCGCAGUCCCAGAACAUGGCUAUGGGCCAUCACUGUGAUAGGGACAGCGAGUCCCUGCACUUGUCCCAGACCAGCAACUCCUCCUGCAAGGCCCAGGACCGUCUGUCUGCCCACUCGGUGUCCUUCCUGGACGCACUGACUUCAGUGUCUCCCCAGGGCCUCCUCGACGCCUCAGGGCUAGGCCAGGAGCAGAGGAAGGAGUGCGGGGGUAACGGGGUCUCCCAGGCAUGCUCCCAAGGGGGAGGCAGCAACAUCAGGGUGUCCAGCUCCACCAGCUCCCUGGCGUCCAGCAGUAGCCUGUCUGACAGUGGCAAGCUGCAGGGCCCUGAUGUACGCACCAAAACCACCACAGACAAGGCAAAGCAGGGCCAGAAUCAGGGAGGCACGAGCGAGUGGAAACCCAGGCCCUUCAUGGGCAUCAUGGACAAGACGGCACGCUUUCUUCAGCAGCAACAACUGCAGCAGCAACAGCAGCACCAAGGACUCCAGAGCCACCCGGGCCUUCAGCCCCCCACCGGAGCCCUCCGCAGCUGGCAGAGUCACUCCUCGGAGGGAUUAGUGUGCCAAUCCAUGUCUGCCAUGGGCCUACAGGCGACGGGGGCGAACUGUGAGCUACCUUAUGCCAAAACAGGGAGCACUUACUACGAGCAGCUCAAAGCUCCAUCUCAGGGUGCUAUGGGGAGCCUGCAGAACGGAAUGCACUCGAAGGAAUUCACAGAGAAGUUCUGCCAAGCAGCCACCUGUUACAAGGAAUCCAAGCCAGCACUGGCCAUGCCGUCGCACGCUUUUGUGGACAGUAAACCCAAGCAGCCGAGUUUAGCCCGAGAUAAUCCCACCAUUCACGUAGCCUCAAUGAAACCAAAGCGAUCAUUCAUAGAGUCAAAUGUGUAGGGAUAUGUAUCCCCCUUCUCUCAACACACACACAGAUACACACGCAGACACAUGCGCUCAUACACACGCACAUAGACAACACACUCAUGCACAUUGUACACACACUCAAGACACACACGCAUACACACACAGACACAGAUAUGCAUGCACAUACACACACACACUGUACACACAUUCAACACACACAUCUCUUAGCAAAAAUUCCAAGUGCAGGGAUUGCUUAAGUUUUUCCCAGCCCAUCAAAAAAUUGUGUUUUAGGUCUAAACUUUUAAAGAAUUUUGUUCCCCCUGGUGAAUAUCCGCCACAGGCAGCGUUUUGAGUGAAGCAGAAACAGAACAGAUUUCUUUCUUUCCUACUAAUGCAUACGGCUGUUUGCUUCUGUUACAGGACGACAUGCUCCCUGUCAUUCAGCAAAGCUGGAGACAUUGCACUGAGACAGUCAUUGGGCAUGUACUAAUAGACAAAACAGUCCCGGCACUUUACGCAUUUACAUAGGCCUUUAAGUAAAGUGCUUAUACAAUAUAAUGUUAUUACUGAGUUGUUGAAGGUUGAGUAUAAAACAAUAUGUGCAUCCCAAAUGGCACCAUAAAUAGUGCUCUACAUUUGACCAACAGUAGUGCACUACAUAGGGAAUCGGGUGCCAUUUGGGACGCAUACAAUGGGAUUUGAACUGUGUUCAUUGUGUCAAUGGUGCUGAAGGAAGAAUUAUAGAGCUAUAUACAGUGCAUUCGGAAAGUAUUCAUCCCCUUGACUUUGUCCACAUUUUGUUACGUUACAGCCUCAUAAAAAUACACACAAUACCCCAUAAUGACAAAGCAAAAACAGGUUUUUAGAAAGUUUUUUUAUUUUUAAUACAUUUGCAAAACAAUCUUAUUUACAUAAGUUUUCAGACCCUUUACUAUGAGACUCAAAUUAAGCUCAGGUGCAUCCUGUUUCCAUUGAUCAUCCUUGAGAUGUUUCUACAACUCGAUUGGAGUCCACCUGUGGUAGAUUCAAUUGAUUGGACAUCAUUUGGAAAGGCACACACCUGUCUAUAUAAGGUCCCACAGUUGAUAGUGCAUGUCAGAGCAGAAACCAAGCCAUGAGGUCGAAGGAAUGGUCCGUAGAGCUCCGAGACAGGAUUGUGUCAAGGCACAGCUAUGGGGAAGGGUACCAAAACAUCUGCAGCAUUGAAGGUCCCCAAGAACACAUUGGCCUCCAUCAUUCUUAAAUGGAAGAAGUUUGGAAGCACCAAGACUCUUCCUAGAGCUGGUUGCCCGGCCAAACUGAGCAAUCGGGGGAGAAGGGCCUUGUUCAGGGAGGUGACCAAGAACCCAAUGGUCACUCGACAGAGCUCCAGAGUUCCUCUAUGGACAUGGGAGACCCUUCCAGAAGGACAGCCAUCUCUGCAGCACUCCACCAAUCAGGCCUUUAUGGUAGAGUGGCAAGACAGAAGCCACUCCUCAGUAAAAGGCACAUGACAGCCCGCUUGGAGUUUGACAAAAGACACCUAAAGGACUCUCAGACCAUGAGAAACAAGAUUCUCUGGUCUGAUGAAGCCAAGAUUAAACACUUUGGCCUGAAUGCCAAGCAUCACAUCUGGAGGAAACCAGGCACCAUCCCUACAGUGAAGCAUGGUGGUGGCAGCAUCAUGUUUUUAAGCGGCGAAGACUGGGAGACUAGAAGAACGGGGGGGGUUUAAGCAUUUCUGGAAACCUGUUUUUGCUUUGUCAUUAUGGGAUAUUGUGUGUGUAGAGUGAUGAGGGACAAAAUAAAUGUAAUCUAUUUUAGAAUAAGGCUGUAACGUAACAAAAUGUGGAAAAAGUCCAGGGGUCUGAAUACUUUCUGAAUGCACCGUAGAUAGAAGAGAUGUAAGGAUAUGUUUGAGAUGGGCAUUCCUGUGUUCUAAGGAUGUUCUAGUUCUUCACGUUGUAAAUAUGUAAUUGUCCUUCUUUUGAGUGAAGGUCAUUGUCAGUGUAUUGACUUGUUCAACUGAUGUGUAUUUUGAGUUUUCUUUUGGUUCAGACGGUGUUCAAGGUUCUAAAAAAUGUAUUUGUUUAUAUGUUUGUACAUUCUAUGAAUCACCCGAUAACGUUAAAAACUAAAUCCUCUCUGUAUCUGCUUAUUGUUGCUGUCUAGGUUAAUUUAUUUACAGCGCCUAUGGCUUGGUUAAUUGUAAAAGCAAUAUAUUUUAUAUAGUUAUUUUUGCACAGCUACUAAGACAUUUUAAGAUUUCAAUAAUAAGCUCUGUGAAAAUAAUAUUGGUUUAAUUGCAUGCCACAAUUGCAGUUUAUAAUAAAGAGAAAAAAUAUUUAAACAAAAAAAGUUUGGGGGAGUGUGGGGCCAUCGAUAAUAUUUUAAUAUGCAUGUUACUUGCAAUGGUUGCCAUGUUUCCAGUAUUGUGAGCUGUGUUACCCAUAAAUCACAUACUGUAAUAGAACAUUACUGCCAUACCCACAAUGGGGAAAUAAAGUCCCACUGAGAAAA